AUGGCGAAGACCUCAUCCACACAAGUUCCAUCUUCAGACGAAAAUGAAACGGAAGAAACGGCUGUGAGAUCAACGGGGCAGGAUGGCAGCUACUCAAAGCUGGAGUCUAACCAGACAAAGCACCUUUCAGACCCCGAAGUGGCUCCAAGCAAGCAUUUCAGUGGCCUCGAGGUCGUCAACCACGGCCAUGGUUAUUCGGACCUAGAGGUUGCUCCGAGCCAUGGUCACCUGGAAGGCAUUCAGUCCGGAAACCUUCAAGCAUACCAGCCAGGCGUGAUCGGGCUGGGGGAAUCCCAGGGCCUUAUGCCAACCCAUCCAGGCGUAGGUAAAGAUGCUGAAGGACUUAUCGCAGCGGAAAAGAAUAUUGAGAGCCCAGACGAGGAGCCUGGACGAAAGGGGACCAUCUUGGGUCUUCGACGGCGGGAUUUCUGGGUCGUGGUCGUGGUCGGUGUCGUCCUGCUGGUCAUCGGAGCCGUAAUCGGGGGAGCAAUCGGUGGAACUCGCCAUCAUAGCUCAAGCUCAACCGAAAGCACAUCCAAUCCCUCUGGCUCUGGCUCGGCAGGAUCUGGAACUGCAACCACGUCUUCGGGCUCGGCAGCGACGUCUACAGCCGCGAAGAGGGGAAUCAAGCAGGGCUCGGAGCUUGCAGCGCUGGCAUGGACAGUGAGCGACACUCGCUAUCAAUACCGCGUCUACUACCAGGACGAGGACAAUGCGAUCAAGGAAUCGGCCUACGACAGCUUGACCGGAUCAUGGCAGGUGGGUACCGUUUUAGAUGGCUCUGAAGUGUCGCCUGGCACGUCGAUCGCAGCCGCGUCGCCGAAGGAGUCGAACUCGGGCUCAGACUCAGUGUCUAUUGACCUGUACUACCUGGACGGCAGCCUUGACCUCCGGGUCAUCUCUUCAUCCAGUGGAGUGUGGAGCUCGACUCCUAGCUCGAGUGCGCAAACGUUCGACAAGAAGGACAAGAAUGCAAGACUGGCGGCGUACUUGCUGGAGUGCGCACUGUGCCCUAACACGUCGCUGGUGGCGUAUGCGUCCAACGGCAGCGUCGUGCUCUACAACCACACGGCCCCGGAAGCGUGGGAGAACGGCGGGAUCUACCUCGAGGGAUCGGAAUCACUCUCCGCCUCGGCCUCGGUAGCGAACGGCUCGUCAGUCAGCUUCCAGCCGUACAGCAUUCGGGGUUACGCGGACCAGUUGAAUCUCUACUACCAGACGGGCGACGGCAACCUGCAACUGACGUCGUGGUUCUCGUGGGAAUACCAGCGCGACCACAACCUCAACCUCACGUCCACGGUCGGGUGGCAGAACAACGGGAACAACGGGAACGUGGGCAAGAUCGCCGCCAACUCGUCCAUCGCCACGCUGUACUUUGGCGACGAUGGUAACGGCAGCCCCGCCCACGUCCAGGCCGUCACCUCCGGCUGGGAUAGCUCGUCCGGCUCAUACUCUGGUCUUACGGUCUUCGACUGGUCCGACAACGCCUGGGCCAACGCCGUCUCCCCGACCUCGCUGCAGACAGGGUCGGGCGCCUCGGCCGUGGCGGCACAUUUCUAUCAGCGAGUCUAUGCCGUGUCUGAUGGGAUUCUAAAGCAGUUCGCGGUGGCGGACGAUGGCACGACUUGGACGGUGAUUGGUAAUGUGCCGACGUUAUAG